UGAGAUGGGGUGGGGGGCACGCAGACCCCAUAACCUUUGUCCCCCCCCCCCCCGGCCUGUGCAGACCGCCAGGACCUGGAGCAGCCUGACAAGGUGGACAAGCUGCAGGAGCCGCUGCUGGAGGCGCUGAAGAUCUACGUGAGGAAGCGGCGGCCCAACAAACCCCACAUGUUCCCCAAAAUGCUGAUGAAGAUCACAGAUCUCCGCAGCAUCAGCGCCAAGGGCGCCGAGCGGGUGAUCACGCUGAAGAUGGAGAUCCCGGGCUCGAUGCCGCCGCUCAUCCAGGAGAUGCUGGAGAACUCGGAGGGCAUGGACACGCUGGGGGGGCAGCCGGGCAGCCCCCGCACAGGAGGUUUGGGGCCCCCCCCGGGCAGCUGCAGCCCCAGCCUCUCGCCGAGCUCCACGCGCAGCAGCCCGGCCACGCACUCGCCGUGACCCAGGCCCGGUGCGCACCAGGACGCAGCUUGAGGGGGGGUCCAUCCGCAGCCCCCCCGGGGCGGACUCUUCGCAGCCCCCCCCAGCACGGCCCCGGGACCCCCACCCGGAGCGGACCCAGCGGGAGCGGCGCUGCCCCCGGCCCUCCCCACCCCGGGGCACUGCAGUGCUUUGGUUGAUUCACAUUUCAGGGGCGCGGGGGCCCCCGGGACGUGCGCCCCCCACCCCCCCCCCGGGCCCCACCAGCACCAGCACAAAUGGGACCGCGACCGCCGCCAUCGCCCCGGCCCGUCCCAGCCGUUUUGGGGAGGGGGGGGACCCGGCCGACCCUGCCACCGAGGAAGCAGAGUCAUUUAAAAGAGAAAGAAAUCAAAGUAUAUAUAUAUAAAUAUCUAUAAAUAUCUAUAAAUAUGUUUUAAAACCUUUGUAAAAGUUUGGAGGGGUUUUUAGGCUGUGCAGGUGGAGGGGGCACGGCGGGC